GCGCCCACGGAUUGGCUCGCCCUCAGCCAAGAUGGCAGCGGCGCAGCUUCUCAGCCCACAAUGAAAAUGGCGGCGGCGGCGUGCGAGAAGCGGCGCCCGGCUCCAAACCCGGCGGCGGGGCCGGUACGAACUGGGGCUGGGGCGGAGGCUCCGGGCCGGGCGCUGGAGGGUGCGGCCGAGUUCCUGCGCCAGGCCGGGGUAACCGCUAUGGUGCGCGAGGCGCUGCUGAAGGUGCUCGAGGCGCGGCCUGAGGAGCCCGUCGCCUUCCUUGCCGACUACUUCGAGAAGCUGGUGCUGAGCAGCCCCGAGGCAGCGGACGGCGGCGGGGAUCCUCGCGGGCAGCCACAGCGCCUCGCCCGGGCGCUGUGGUACGUGCGGCUCGCCCACCACUCCCACAGGACGGCUUUCAACAACAACAUCAGCAUGGCUUAUGAGUGCCUGGGCGCCAGCGGCAGGAGGAAGAAGCCCGGGGUCAAUGGGAGGAUCUACAGCGAGCUGCUCAGGAGGAUCUGCCAAGACAGCGAGGCCCCUCAAGAGGUCACUUCUCCUCUGCUGCAGAGGAUCCAGUGCCGGGACCACGAGGCGGUGCCGUUUGACGUCUUCCGCUACGGGGUGCUCACCUGCUUCGUGCUGCUCGAGUUCGUGGCCAAGGCGGACACGCUGUAUGACGUGCUGGACGAUGGCUCUGGCGUCGCAGACAAGAGGGUCUGCCAGGCCGUGCUGGGCACCCUGGAAGAGGCCCUUGGAGCCAGCGACUUCUCUGUGCCCAUCCGGUACUUGGAGGCUGGCUCCAAGCUGGGCCCGGACUGUUUGGCCGUGGCCAUGGACCGUGCGUUGCUGGAGAGGAAGCUCAGCACCUCCAUGAAGAGGGAGGAGUUUCUCAAGAAAGCCGCGGUUCUGUUCAUCGCGAAAGUGAAACCUGUUGAUUGAUGAUCUCCCUGGGAAGAAACCCCGCUACCCCCUGGCCUUCCUUUUCCCACACUCUCAGUGCUGUUUUAGGGAAAUAAUUUAUUCUUAGUUGAACUGCAAAUCCUAGGACUGGAGAUCUCCCAUUGAGGCUGCAGAGAGAGCCAAAGGGGCUGAGCAGGUUCUGCUCUUUGCUUGGAGAGCCCUAGAUCCUCUGGACUUCCAUUUCCCUCUUGUCUCCUCAUUGUCCCAAGUGCCAGAAAUGCCACGUACGCCCCUGAGCUUCCUGUUCUUUACAGUGUUUGAUUUUAGUAGGUAUCUGCAACUUCCAUGUCAAUUGUAGCCUGGGAUGCUCCUGGAAAGCCCAUAGCUGGCAGGGCAGCAUGAGUCACCUGGACUGAGGCAGUGGACUCGAUGCAGAAAGAGGAGUUGGGACCUUCCUGGCUUCGACAAUGUAGCUUUUAAUGCGUCACUUUGAUUUUAUUUUCCCUCCCUGUAAAAUGGGGUGAUUUUAAAUCUACCUGCCUCGCAGCCUAUUGUGAGGACUAACAGGUAAAGAGGAUGCCGAGUACCACAUAAGUGUUAACUUGUAUAUUAAGCAAUUUUUUUCAGUGCUUUAGAGAGGACAGAUUCAUCGUCAGAAAGGAGAUGGUUAAAAAGUCACUUCUGUGCCAAGUAGCAGCAGCGUUUCCAGAGCCUCUUUUAGUAUGACCAAGAGCAGCCGAAUGCUAUGUUUUACUGACCUUAUGUCCGUGCUGUAACCUGGAUGCUGAACUAUUGGGUUCGUACGAGAUGCUUUUGAAGCAAAGUGGGUGCAGGUUGGCUGGUGGGUUUGGAUUGUUAGUGGGCAAGAGGCAAAAGCAGCGUAAUCUCCUUAAAAACGGGAGUCCUUGAUCUUUUUUUUUUUUUUUAAAAUGGUGCUGGUGUUUGAACCAUACCUUAUUUAUUGGCAUCCUAGAGUGAGUAUUUAUUACUAUGGCAUGGUUUUUGGUUUAUUCCAGGAUAUUAAACUUUUUUUUUUCUUUA